AUGGCUUUCAACAAGAAAUACGCCGGUCUUCCAGACUUAGACCCUGCUCCGGAUAUCUAUGAGACCCCUGACCUGACUGACGAAGCAUCAACAGUCCCCACAGCGACCAUCCGCACAGAUUUCGACCAUGACGAUGCGGGUUACAACUCCGAUAUCGACCGUGAAGCAGUCAACGCAGACCAGGCGCGCGCACACUUCAUGGGAGCCGCAGUCGACGCCCGCGACGCCAACUUCUCGGAUAAUAUCGCAAUGAAACGCCAAGCAUAUCGCAGCAAGGAAAAAAGCCAGCGCCGACGACGGAGACGCGAUGACGGCACGGAAGAGGUCGGAGAUCUAAGUGACAGCGAGGACGAGUCGAUGGAGCGGCGACUGGCUCGUCUGCGACGAGAAGUGGAGGACCUGAAAAUGGAGAUGGCGAAUAAGUCGACGUCUGAAAACACUGUUGUGGAUAGUAUGGCUGCAGAGACAUCUCAAGAGGGAGGGGCCUUGGGUGACGGUGUAGCGGAGCUGAGUCGGGCAUUGGAUAAUCUGCACGCUUCAUCGCGGGGUGUUCCAAACGCUUCUUACUCGGCUGCUGCUUUGCUUACACAAAAACUUGGAUCAAAUUCAUUGGCCAAGCAACCCGACGCUCAGAAACAAUCACAGUCCCAGCCUGACGGUCCCACGGCUGUUACUGCACAGACACAAGCAGCCUUGCCCUCAGCCGGGAUCCUUUCUCACGCGGCAGCAUUCGAAAGCCGAUUAGCGCUUCUUGAAGCAUCUAUGGGAAUCUCGAGCGCCUCCAACCCGUUCGUUGGAGACGGGCUCCGUGAGCCCGCUUUACAGCCUGUUCUUCCCGCUCUCGGCCAACUGACCUCGCAUCUCGGUGCUCUAACUGCUCUCCUUGUGGGAACUAACCCAGCAUCUGGAACUCCGGGUGUCGCACCUGGAAUGACAACCCCACACCUCGAAGCACUUUCAUCUCGCGUGCGUAAGUUAACAACAGAUGCUGAGGCCCUGGCUUCAGCCCGCAGGCGCGCAGCAGAUACCAAAUCCUCACAAACAGCCCGUGUCGCCUCUACAGGCCCAGAAGAUCCCGUUACGCCAGGUGCUGACGGCUCUUCUCCCGCUGACGAUGAGCAUACCGCUAAGAUACACGCUCUGUACGCCACCCUCCCGACCAUCCAGUCUCUGCACCCUCUUCUUCCCAGUGUUUUAGAGCGUCUGCGCUCUUUGCGCGCCUGUCAUUCGGGUGCUGCCCAUGCGGCAGACUCGUUGAACGAGUUGGAGAAGAGACAUGCGGAAAUGUCUUCUGAGAUUGAGCAAUGGCGUGAGGGUCUUACGGCUGUCGAGGAGAAGAUGAGUCAAAGCGAGUCGGUGCUGCGCUCGAAUGUUGAGACUGUUGAGCCUUGGGUGCGUGAGCUGGAGUCUCGCAUGUCGAGGCUGGAGGGUCCUCCUGGUGGUUUGUAG